AUGACUUAUCAAAUGUUGCUAGCAUUGGUCUUAUUGUUGUUGAUCCAGACAGAUCUCUUCGCAUUGGGCAAAUCCACUUGUAGCAGCAAUGGCAAUUACACCAGCAACACCGCAUACGGUGCUAACCUCAACAUCACUCUCUCCUCUCUCGCUACAAACAUCGGCAAUGAUGGCUUCUACAACGCCUCAGCCGGGCAGGGGCCCGACCGAGUCAACGCCCUCGCGCUGUGCAGAGGCGACGUCCAGCUCAUCGCGUGCCGCCAAUGCGUGCAAAGAGGCCACGUCGAACUCGGGGUUAAGUGCCCGGUUCAGAAGCAGGCAGUCUUCUGGGAUGAGUUCUGCACUGUGCGAUACUCGAAUGAAACCGUCUACGGGACCCUGGCGACUAGGCCCGGAUACUUCUACUGGAAUACACGGAACGUGACGAGUCCUGAACAGUUUAAGGAGGUUCUGAGGGCGUUGCUCGACGAUCUUCGGACACGAGCUGCUGCCGGCUCGUCUACCAGGAAAGUGGCGCGUGGGAAUGUAACUGGACCCGAUUUUCAAAGGAUUUUCGGGCUAGUUCAGUGCAGCCCGGAUUUGUCAUCGGGGAACUGUACUAGCUGUUUGAUUGCUGCCAUUUCAGCUAUACCGCGAUGCUGUGGCGAAAAAAUUGGGGGUAGAGUCUUCUUGCCAAGUUGCCAUCUUCGUUUCGAGAUGAAUCUGUUUUACAAUCAGACUAGGGUGAAGGAACUGGAGUUUGUUCCUGCGCCUUCCCCUGUUUUCGAGUCAUCGCCGUCUGGAAAGAAAAAUGGUGGCACGACUCAAACUAUUGUCAUAAUUGUGGUUGCAGUUGUUAUGUGCUUGAUAGUGGUUGUAUCAGCUAUCAUAUUUUUAAGAAAGAGAAAGAAACAUAAACCAAAGCAAAUUGCUCAAAAUGUCGACGAGAUUAGCACCGUCGAGUCUCUGCAGUAUGCUUUCAGCACAAUCAAAGCCGCAACAAAUGAUUUCUCUAAUCAUAAUAAGUUGGGCCAAGGUGGAUUUGGGUCUGUUUACAAGGGGAAACUCCCAAAUGGUCUAGAAAUUGCCGUGAAAAGACUUUCGAUGGAUUCCGGGCAGGGAGAUGUAGAAUUCAAGAAUGAGGUUCUGUUAUUGGCUAAGCUUCAACAUAGGAAUUUGGUUAGACUAUUAGGUUUCUCCUUAAAAGGAAUGGAGAAGCUGUUGGUUUAUGAAUUUGUUCAAAAUUCAAGCUUGGAUAACUUCAUAUUCGACUCAAACAGGAAUUUAGAUUUGGAUUGGGAUAGACGCUACAAGAUCAUAGGAGGUAUUGCCAGGGGAAUCCUCUACUUACACGAAGAUUCUCGUAACAAGAUCAUUCAUCGUGAUUUAAAAGCUAGUAAUAUUCUUCUAGACAGAGAGAUGAGCCCCAAGAUUGCGGACUUUGGUUUGGCAAGAUUGUUUGGACAAGAUGAAACGCACAGAAAUACAAACCAAGUUGUGGGAACAUACGGUUAUAUACCACCAGAGUACCUAAUACACGGACAGUUCUCAAUCAAGUCCGACGUCUACAGCUUUGGAGUAUUAGUCCUUGAAAUUAUCACCGGCCGCAGAAAUAAUGGUUUCCGAAGCGAGGGUGAUAACGUUGGAGACCUCAUGAGCUUCGCAUGGAAAAGUUGGCAAGAAGGAAGAGGUGGAGAAGUGGUGGAUCCAAUUUUGAGGAGUGGUUCAGGCUCGGGUCCGGGUUCGACAAAUGAAAUUCUGAGAUGCAUCCAUAUUGGUUUGUUGUGUGUUCAAGAAAAUGCAGCGGAUCGGCCAACAAUGGCUUCUGUGGUACUUAUGCUGAGUAGCUUCUCCAUGACCCUAAAUAUACCUUUGGAGCCAGCAUUUUAUUCUACCGGUGGUGGUGGUCAUGCAUUGGAGCAGUCCCUUCGUUCUUCGCAAAAUCAAGCCUCCAUUACUGAAUUACAGCCACGCUGAUUCCCCACAGAAAAGUUAGGUUAUCUUUUUUGCCAAUUGUAUUGUUAGUUUAUUAUUCACAUUUUGUGUUUUCUUGUUAUUUAAAUUCUUUUCUUACUCAGCUUAAUAUUUGAGUGAACUUUAAAA